AUGUUCGCGUCAGUGCCUGUGUUGAUUGCAUUGACCCUGGUUCCUAUUGUCUACCGGGUGCGCUUCCAUCCUCUCAGCCACGUGCCCGGCCCAAUUAUCGCCAAGGUCAGCUCCUUGUUCCUGCACUUCAUAUGCUACCUUGGAAUAGAGGGACGCGUAUUGCGUUACUAUCAUCAAAAGUACAAGACGAAAGUGCUCCGAGUUGCGCCCAACUCCGUCUCUAUCUCUGACAGCGAAGCCAUACGCGACAUCUACAUAGCAGAGGGUGGGUUUUCAAAAGAUGACCGGUACAGGAACUUCAAUCUCGGGCCCAUUGUGUCCAUCUUCUCGGCCAUAGACACGGCAUACCGAGACGUGCGCGCCAAGGCAGUAGCACCUCUCUUUUCACCUGCGCAAAUGCGGGCGGAGAGCGGGUCCGGAGGGGUCAUUGGAAGCUGCGUGGCCGAGUUCGUGAACCAACUGUGCGAGUUCAAAACGGCCCGCAUCAAGACGGACAUAUUGGAUCUCUGCGCGCGACUCUCCAUCGAUGUCGUGACGGCCUAUUUGCUUGGGCAGCGGUACGGCGGACUCGACGAGAACAAGCAUCGCACCCUCAAGGAGAGGCAGCUGGACGACGCCAAGCUCAGUGCCAACCCUUUUAUCUUCGCCAUUGUGGCGUUCGCUCGCUUCUCGCUACUGCCCAACAGCAUCUUCCGUUUCGUGUACGCCAUGUCUCAACGCCUCAGCGCCAAUGAGCAGGUCAUCGAGUCAUUCGUCAAGCUUGACCACUUCGCCGAGGAGGUCAUGGGCAGCACAGUCUCGGCCACCAAGCCGCAUUACUACCACGAGCGCCUCGUCCAAGCGGGCAUCUCGCACGCCGAGGCUGCCGCGCAGAGCAAGGCCAUUAUCUUCGCGGGUGCCGACUCGACGGCCGUCAUGCUGGCCACGAUACUGUUCCAUUUGGUACAGAGUGAAUCUGCGCGGGUGCGGUUGCUGUGUGAGAUCCGUUCGGCUAGACACCAGGACAGUGGGCUACCGUUCCUACGCGCCGUUGUCAAGGAGGGUCUGCGCCUCGGCAUGGCGAAUCCAACGCGACUGACGCGCGUGGUGCCUGCCUCGAGCCCCGGGCUGCGCGUUGGCGACAUACUCAUCCCGCCUGGCUCGAUUGUGGGCUGUGCUGCUUACAAUCUUCACCAUGAUCCCGACGUCUUUCCAGACCCCUUCACCUUCCAGCCCGAGAGGUGGCUGGACGAUGGAACAGACCAUGGACUUCGACGGUCCGGCAUGGAAAGAUCUAUGAUUCCUUUCGGGGCGGGCUUGAGAGCGUGCAUCGGCAAGAAUCUGGCCAUGAAUCAACUGCAUGAGACCGUCAUGGCCGUCGUGGAGAGUGAAGUCUUGGAGGGGGCUCGGACGUGCCAAGAGAAGAUCGAGGUGAUUGAAUGGUUCAAUGGUGACAUCAAGGGUCAUCGCAUCAACAUCGAAUGGCGGCCGCAAUUGUAG